GAUGCCCUGGACCUGGACGAAGUCGAUGCUGCGGCCCUCUUCAUGGCCGCUGCAGGCGAAGCCAAAGAGCUGGACCGGUCGCAGCUGCAGACCGCCGUCAUACGCUUCCACCGUCGCCGCGAGUACAUCCUGCUCUGUCUGCGCAUCCUCAUGAAGACUGCCUGGGACAACGGAGAUGGUGGCGGGACAGAGGUCGAGGGUCUGCCGACGCUGCAGAGGGCCGUGCAGAUAAUCCUGGGCGUGGACGGCGCAGUGAACCCGGUCAAUGCAUAUGGCUACUGGAACAGGUGCUUGGCUGCCAUGGCCUCGGUCGAGAAGUGGCUGCAGCAGAUCUCGGAACGCGUUCAGAGCACGCAAGUGGUCGGACAAGUGCCGCUGCCUGGUUUUGUCGAGAUCAUGGACUUCCAGCGCCAGAGCUUGACCAGACAGCACGAGAACCUAGCUGCCAUCUGCACGCACAUGAUCAAGGCGGGCUAUGUCAAUCUCGACAACUACAAGGCGUUGCUGGCCAAAGCAAAGACGCUCGACCGACACGACGUCAUCACGAUACACUACGUGCCCGUGAUCAUUCGGUUGACGGGCUGGACUGCAACUGAGAGCAACGUUCUGCUGAAAGACGCGCGGGCGCUCCACAACUCAAUGCUGGCUGAACGGGAUGGCCAUAGCUGGGCGUUGAGGAACCUGCAUGCGGCAACGUUGGCUUGGUGGCUGGCAGAGUACAGCGGCCGCUACGUGGAUCCCAACGACCAAGACCCAGCUUUGCGAGGCGUGGAUCUGAAGGCCGAGGCCGAGGCGCGCUCGGAACAGUUCGUCAGGGCGCUCAACGACGGAGCCUUCCACUUCAUGCUGUCCGUCAGUCAGGAUGUGCGGCCAACAAGGUGGUACGAUCCGCAAAAGACGAGCAUGUUGUCGACGCUGCUGCAAGAUACCGCCGUGCUCAGCUCCGAGACUGCGCAACCCGAGGAAUUCUUCAAGGUUCUCGUCAUGGAGCAGCUGCAGACUUUCGCCGACUCAUUCAUCACACACAUGCCAGACACGCUGCGCAAACUGAAAGUCGAGGAGGACGACCAGCGAAGAAGGCUACAACUGCAGUUCCAGCGAUCGACCGGAGAGUACCCCUUGCAUCUUGAGAGGUUCAUGGUCAUCGUGGCAUACGCCUUUGAUGGAUCUCCAGAUGCAGCAGGUGACUUCUGGAAUGACAAGGAAAGCAAUCUCUAUGGGUUCCUGCAGUGGGCAGCCAAGCGACAGCCGACCCCUCGCAUUGCCAUGUUCUGCGAAAUGCUACGGGCCAUCUCUACCGACCAGGAGAACGCAGACUCGGCACACAAGUUUCUGCUGGAAGAGGGCGCGUCGUCGACUGGGAAGAUCCGGCGCACGAGCUCACUGAGCUACACGCACAUCUUCAAUGAGCUGGUAGAGUUCGACCGAGAUAUGCACGAACCAAAGAAAGCCAUCCAAAUCGGCAUCUUCACACAAUCACAAUCACCGGCCGACCAGAUCGUCGAGCCCGAGAGUGCCACCAUGCUGGAGAGCUAUCUGCGACUUCUCGCGCAUCUGUGCAGACACAGUUUUGCUGCACGCCAAUGGAUCCUCGACUUGAAGGAGUACAACUACCUGGGCAUCUGCUUUGGCUUGUGCACAGACAAAGUCGAGAGCGGGCUUCGGGCGGCAGCGUACGAUGCGUUGUCAGCCUUGCUGGUAGGCAAGGAUGUCAACCGUGCAAGUAUCAUCUGGAACGCACUGGACGACUGGACAGUCGGUGGCUUCCAUGUCGCCUCAAAACCAGGCAGUGCCUUGAUCUCAGCACCACGAGAGGAGUUUUGGGCUACCUUGGCGGACGGGUAUGACGAAUCAAUUGCUUUCGUGCGACUGCUCCACAGCCUUGUCGAGCCUUACCCGGAGAGCCAAGGUCUCAACGACGGCCUACCGUUCCCUGAAACCAUUGGCUCCUCGCGCCGGAUGCCAGGCGUCGAGAGCUACAUCGACUUUGUCAUGCAGCAAGUAUUCGCAGAGCGUUCGCAGGAAGUUCUUGAUCCUCUGCAGCGUAAUGUCAUGAGGUGGACAUGUCUGCGUUUCAUUGUAACGUGUCUGUCGACGUUCAAUGAGAACCUUGUCGUCUUUGCCAACAAGUCCAGUAUACCGGUCGAUGCUGUCAUCGACUCCUCUUCGCUUGCCGCCUACGUUGCCAUGCAUCCUUUCACUCGUGUUAUGGAAUGGCUUUUCAACGACAAAGUCAUCAAAGCCCUGUUUGCAGCUUCGCAUCACGACGUCAGCGAAGUCGAUGCCGCUCCGUCAGACUCUCCUCUAGUUCAGACACUUAUGCUGAGCAUUGAGGUCAUGGAUCAGGUCAUGAAGCUGCAGGCCACCUACCUUGACAUCGUUAGGCCUGCACUGAAGCAGCAACCGCUCAUGCAAGGAUCUCCGGUUGCCAACCUUUCGCUGGCGUCCUUUGAAGAUGCAAUUCUGAACAACCUUCAGAUUGUUGUUGACCUGGGACUGUACUGUGGUACCGGCCAUGAAGCUUUGACUAUUGCUUCUCUUCAACUUUUGCAGAAGCUGGCGUCUUCGAGGAAGCUUGCCGUAUCACCUGCUGGGUUUGGACAACGAUCUGGCCGCAGCAAGAUCGUCGGCAUCCUGGAACGAGACAACGAAGCAGAGCGAAUUGGUCGAUCCUUGCAUGGCUUGAUGCAGUUCAGCGCUGAAGAGCUCGAGGCUGGUGAGGAAGCGUCAGGAUACAUUGUGAAGCUUCGUGUGCUCGAGUUCCUCAACAGCUGUCUAGCAGCGGUGUCUACCAGACCUACGAUCGCCCAUAUCCUGCUGGGUUUCUCGUGUGAAAGCAGCACUGUUCGCAUCGCUGAGGACAGCCUGUGGUCAAACGGACAGGCACUCUUUCAUGCAAUCCUUCUUCUAGGCGUCCAGUAUCCCGACAACGACGGAGAACAGUUCCUGGCCUGGAGAUCCGAGCUUAAGACACGGUGCUGGGACGUCCUUCAAAAGUUAUGGCGCUCGCCACUGACCAGCGCCAUCGUCAUGGAAGAGCUACGAGAUAACGAAUUGUUGUUCAUCGAGGCUCCCCGCCUCGCCCCGAUCAACGUUGAUGUUCCCUGGGAAGGCUUGUCUCUCGCGCAGGGCCUGGAGCUGCUCGCUACAGGCGACUACUCUGAAUUCUUUUCCGGUCCUCCUGCACUUGCCUUGCAAAACUUCCUCCAGCGACGAGCGGCUUUCCUGGACUAUGAAUCACGAGAACUUCGUUUGACCAUCAAAGAGGAUAUGCCUACAAUGAAGUCAAGGAUCCAGUCGUUGCUCCUCGGUACCACCAUCCGACCUGGCGAAGACCCGGUGCCUAACCCUAACAUCUUCGACCUGUUUGACUUCAUUGAGUUCGUGUACCCCGAGCGCGCCCUGCCGGAUCAACAUCGUUUCUUCGUAGGCGUCAACCUUGCUUCAUGCCAAGAAGAGAAAGAUGGUAGCCUUCUGUACUCACUGCCCUUACUUCAGCAAGUCAUUCUGCUGAAGUUGAAGUUCUGGCGGAAAGACGGCCUUAUCGCCGAUGAGGUUCAAGAAGCAGAGCUAGCUCAAGAGGCGGAGUUGUUGUUGGCCGUGUUCGCUGACUGGAACCGCCGAGCUCAGUUGACCCGUUAUCACAAGGAUAUUCUUCAGUCUUGGGUGCAAGUACUGAUGGUUACUGUGCACAGCUGCGAGUUUGAAGAUGGAGCAAGAGCUUCAUUCAUCCUUCAAACAGUGCAGGUCAUCCUUCCGAAGCUGGAGCAGUCGUUCAAUGCCGACGUCUUCACGGCCCUUCAACUUGCUGGCCUGGCUGAAGCACUCAUUCAAAAGGUUGACUUCGCCUCGACAGCUUUUGAUAAGACAGGCGACUUCUCGAACGACCGUCUAAGCCAGCUGUUCCGUGCUGCACUUACAGGGGUCUACAGCCCAGUAUCCACCCCCGAGCUUCGAGAGUACUGCUACCAGAUCUGUUUCCGCUACAUCAACGGCACGUUCGAAAAAGCAACACCCAACUCCCCACUCGGUCGGCACACACUCAACGCCAUCAAGAACGGCGGUAGCCACCUACUCGAGAUCAUCUGCGACGAUGCAUACGGUGGCCAAGGCACAUGCAAAGUCUCAGCUCUCCUGCUACUAAACGCUCUCGUUGCCGUAGCCACCCGCCAGCAGUCAAAGUACAUCCUGGAAACCUUCGUCUCACUCAACUUCAUUGGCGUUCUCGUCGACAACAUCAAACACAUCCCCGAAGAACUCCGCGCCGCCGCCGCACCCCACGUGCCCAGCCUACUAUCCUACUACGACGCCAGUCUCGCGCUGCUGCUACGCAUAAGCCAGUCUCGCCUCGGCGCCGCAUACGUGCUCAACGCAGGUCUCUUCCCCGCGAUCCGCGACUCGCAGAUCUUCGCUGUCGACCCAGACAUCGGACUCGAAUUCGACAACCCCAACGCGCUAAAGAAGUACUACGAACUCAUACUCUCCGUGCUAAGGGUCAUCAGCGCCGCAGUCAUUGCUCGGGGGCGACAGAACGAUCAGACGGUGUUCCAGGCCCGCGAGUUUUUGAAGGAGAAUAGGCAUAGUAUAGUUGCAAUUUUCAAGAGGAGUGUGCAUGUCGGGGGUGGUGAGAAGGUGGAACAGCAGCAGGACUUGGUGGAUUUGGUGGAUUGUUGGACGGUUUUGGUUGAUGUUACGGGGUUUUUGCAGUAUGAGGAUUCGUCGACGCUGAAGAAGGCGCGAAACAACAUGUUUUCAUAGAACGAGCGAUGUCAGCAUGCGUCAGCGGUCGUACAUUUAGAGACGAAAUACAAUUCAAA